ACCACUUGGGAUGUUGAAAGAACACUCGAAGAAUUCGUAAAUCACGAGCCGCAGGCGAGUGAUUUACGCGGUAAGUUCGCGUCUUAUGUAAGCUGCGCAUUAUUUUCCUCGUUUAAAUGGCCCUAAUUAUGGCUUUUUGUUUCCAAUUCAGCUUCACUCUUUUACUUGCAAAGUAAGUUGUGCAACAUUAUCUUGCAAAAAGCAUUUUUUUUUUUUGUCCUUUCUCCCUCUGCAAUGUUUAUUUAUGUCCUGUCCACUUUCGGUCGUAGUCACUAAAAUAGUGACAGAGUUUUCUUUGUCUACAGUUUUUUUGACUGGAAACGAGUGAGUUGCCAUGGGAAUAGAGCUUUUUCUAGCUGUAGGUGUACGAUGUGUCGCUUGAAGAACUAAUAACUUACCACGUUUCAAUGGUUUCUGCUGUAAAUUGACCGAUAUAGCUCCGAUUUAAAUACUUGAGGUAAUAUUGGGUUGAGUGUAUGACAUCAGUCCUCUCAUUUGCAUAUUUUAGACGUUUUUCAAACUUAAAUAUUUCCAGAAGCAAUGAAGAUAAUUGCAAAAUAUAAACGGCCUUUUAAAUCUUUCGUCGAAUUCUAUGUGGCACACCUUAAAAUUCCAGAAAUAAACGUUUGGUCAUUGUAGCACUUACUUUCACAGGAACACAAAAGCUUCAGCUCAGCGCUCUGAAUUUAAAAAUACAGCAUACAAUGCCGAAGCUUACUUGUUCCUGUAUAUGGUCUGAUGAAACAUCUGUCGUCAAUACUACAGCUUUCUGUAAUGUAAAAUAAUGAAUUUUACUGGUGAAGGACAGCAAACUCAAACAGUUCUACAAAUCCGAUGUUCAGCCGCCUGGGCAAGUGGAAUACAUGAACAUUUAAAACAUCUUUCAGCGUUCCACGCUUUUCUCUCCAUCACUGCAGUUCUUGGCAAUAUUCUGAUCCUCGUUGCCCUUCGCAAGGUGUCUUCCCUUCAUCCGCCGACCAAACUCUUGUUUAGAUGUUUGGCCACAACUGAUCUCUGUGUUGGUCUUGUUGCAGAGCCUCUCAGUGCUGUCUAUUGGAUGUCUGUGGCUCACGAAGAAUGGAAUCUUUGUCGCUACGCAGCUCCCUCCUUUAUCAUUGCUAGCUACACUUUGUGUUCAGUAUCUUUGCUGACAGUGACCGCAAUAAGCGUGGACAGACUUCUCGCCCUGUUGUUAGGGCUGAGAUUUAGACAAGUUGUAACUUUGAAGCGAACAUAUGUGACUGUAGUAAUCUUUUGGAUUAUGGCCGCUGUUUCUUCGAUAUUGUACCUUUUAACUCGCCUAAUAACCAUUUGGUUUGGCUAUUUACUUGUACCGUGCUGUGUAGUAACCUCAAUCGCCUCGUACACAAAGAUUUUCCUCAAACUCCGCCAUCAGGAGGGUCAGGUCCAACAAGAACAAACAAGCCAUAUAAAUCCACUCAACAUAGAGCGAUACAGAAAAGCAGUUUCCGGUGUACUGUGGGUGCAGUGUACACUAGUAGCUUUUUAUUUACCAUAUGGUAUAGUAGUGGCUUUAUUUGAUUAUACCGCGAAAUUUUCUCCAUCCAGUGUUCUCAUUUUGGAAUUAGCAGUGAGUUUAGUUUUCGUGAACUCAUCGUUAAACCCAUUUCUUUACUGCUGGAAGAUCAGCGAAGUGAAGCAAGCAGUCAAGGAAACAAUCAGAGAAGCACUUUGCUGUUUAUCGGGUUAGUUCAGUCAUUGUCGACUUGAACUUAUGGGUGAAGAUGGUGUUUAAUUGAUACCUGAGAAUUGCUUAAUAUUUUAAUUUAACCAGCAGCUGAAAAAUGACGCGCUUUUUUUUUUUGCCCGCCAGCAUGAGAUCUGCAAAAUUUACUGAUAACUGGAAAAUAGGAUGAAAUAUAAUUUUAACUGAAAGCUGUGAAAUAAGCGGAUCAUUAUCCGAUAACUAAGCUUCCAGCACGCCCAAGCAGCCUCUCAUACAAAUAGUAUUCCAUACAGAGUAAGGCGAAAUAUAUUAAACGUUGUUUUUGCAUGAUGCUGUAACAAAAUUUUAUGAUAACU